GAGAGAACCAAGUAGCAGAGAAAUCGACCAAGAAGGUCAGAAGAUGAUGCCCCUCAGAGCAUCAUCCUCCUUCCUCUGUUCCCUUUUCUGCAGCCUCCUGUCCCUACUCCUCCUCCCUUCUUCUCUUCAUGCCCAACAGGUUUACGUCAACAAGACUCAAUUCGAUUGCUACGGGAACCACCCCAACACCCUUGGCUUUCUCUGCAAUGGGCAACGAACUGCAUGUGUUUCCUACUUCAUCUUUAGAUCUAAUUCCGAUGUAAACUCAAUUUCCGAGAUCUCCUCCCUUCUAAACGCUGAUUCUGCAAAAUCAGCAGAGAUUGUUAGAAUCAACGGCGCAUCGGGCGUGUAUCAGACGCUCCCCGUUGGCAGAGAAGUGGUAGUCCCCGUAAGCUGCUCCUGCUCAGGCGAAUACUACCAACACAAUUCCUCUUACGUCAUAAAGCAGAACGACACUUAUCUCAGAGUUGCCAACGAAACGUAUGAAUCCCUGACAACUUGCCAAGCUCUCAUGAAGCAGAACCGCUACAGCAGCACCAACCUUACAACUGGUUUAAGCAUCUUGGUGCCACUGAUGUGUGCUUGUCCUACGAGAAACCAGACUCUGAAUGGUGUGAAGUUCUUGUUGACGUACCCGAUCGUCGAGGGGGAUGACGUACCCAAGCUUGCUUCUAAGUUUGGUGUCGAUGAGCAGAGUAUACUCAACGCCAAUGAGAUCGUGGGAGACCCUACCAUCUACUUCGACACGCCCCUUUUGAUCCCUUUCAAGAAGGAACCGCCAUCUUGGUCCCAACUUCUUAAGCCUUCAUCGCCGCCACCACCGUCCGCUGUUCCUUCCCCUCCUCCGUCGCCCCCGCCACCUGCGAGCGAGAGCCACAACAAAUGGGUUUUCGUUGGCGUCGGAGUCGGAAUCGGUUUCCUUCUUCUGGCAGUUAUUUCUUGUUUGUUGGUGGUCUAUUUGCGGCGCCGUCGUCACCGCCGUGGUGGUAGCAGUCAUGCUCCGGCGACUCCGACUCAGAAGCAGCAGAAACUCACAGAAUCUUCUGUUUCCGUCGGUGAUCUGUCCGUAAAGAAAUCGUCCACUGCCAUAUCGGAUAAUCUUCUCGACGCCGUCCGGUCCUUGACGGCGUACAAAUACGAAGAACUACGGAGGGCUACACAUGGUUUCACUGAGGACUCCCUCAUCAAAGGGACCGUUUACACAGCGGUGAUCAAUGGAGAUCGAGCGGCCGUCAAAAGCAUGAAAGGAGAUGUCUCUAACGAGAUAAAAAUAUUGAAACAGAUCAACCAUUCCAACGUCAUUAGACUCUCUGGUUUCUGCAUUCAUGAAGGGAACACUUUCCUGGUAUACGAGUUCGCAGAAAAUGGUUCCCUCAGCGAUUGGCUUCAUGGUCACAGAUACCAGGACAAUCAGUCCUGGUCCAAAAGUACAUGCAGCCUCACCUGGAAGCAAAGAGUACAGAUUGCCUGUGAUGUCGCAGAUGGCCUUAACUAUCUUCACAACUACACUAGCCCAGCGCACGUUCACAAGAAUCUCAAGAGCAGCAACAUACUGUUAGAUGAUAAAUUCAGAGCCAAGAUUGCCAAUUUGGGGUUGGCAAGAGCAGUUGGAGAUCAAGAAGAUGGUUUGCACUUGACCCGUCAUGUCUUCGGAACUCAGGGGUACAUGGCACCAGAGUACCUUGAACACGGUCUGAUCACAUCGAAGCUCGAUGUUUUCGCCUUCGGAGUGGUGCUCCUUGAGCUUCUUUCCGGGAGGGAAGCAGUCGGUCAAGCACAUGAUCAAGACAAAGUCGAAUUGCUGCUGUCAUCAGCUAUUGGCCCAAUACUUGAAGGGGAUGAUGCUAAGGAGAAGCUGAGAAGCUUCAUGGAUCCUUCUCUUGGAAGCGAUUAUCCUUUAGAUCUAGCCCUCAAUGUCGCUUGUCUGGCAUGUAAGUGUGUAGCAGAUGACAUGAAUUCGCGACCCUCCAUGACCGAUGUCUUUAUGACCCUGUCAGCUUCUAUUGGUUGGAGUUCAUCGACGAAUUAAACAUACGAAUCUGCCCCACCGAGAAGGAUGCUUAUUCAUGGUUUUACUUGACUUUGGUUUUUGAGGCCUUUGCUUCCUCCCUGGUGUAUGUAUGUCUAAGAGAAAACUGUUGUACUUCCGACAUCAUUCUUAUGGUCUUGCAACUGAUUUUCCUGUUAUAGAUCUUGAGAAGAUAACUCUCACGUACACAUAUAGGAAGGAAGACACCUC